GACUUCCGAUUACUCGCUGAGAAUUUUGCUUGACGAGACGUGAGAUGGCGGCCGCCUGGAGAGGACGCGAUGAAGCGGUGGACGACUUCGACGAGUACGAUCCGACGCCGUACGGCGGAGGAUACGAUCUCAGCCUCACCUUCGGGCGCCCCCUCCCGCCGUCAGAGGAGAUCUGCUAUCCCAUCUCCUCUGGUGCCUCCGGCGUCGACUACGAGAGACCUCACUACUCCUCCGGCUCCGUCCCCUCCGCCUAUGAAGCUGACUACGGGGACCCCUACGGUCGCUCGAGGCCCAAGCCGCAGCCGGCUUACGGCUUCCGACCCCAGCAGGAGGUCGAGGAAGGAGGAGUAGGCGAUUUCGGCGCCUACGGUGGUGGCAGGCGCCCCCAGCCUAGACCUGAGUAUGGCGACUACGGAUCCGAGUAUGGUGGGAGGCCCAAGCGCGACGAAGAACCUUCAUACGGAUACGAGGGCUACGGAUCUUACCAGACCGACGAGUAUGGCUGCGGGGCGCAACCAACAUAUGAGAGGCCCGUUUACGGCGGCGAAGAGGAGACCGGAGGGUAUAGUAGGCCGAGCAGAUAUGACCCAGAUCAAGGUGAAGGAUAUCGCCGCCCUAAUUAUCAGGGUGAUGAUUCUGAUGAGGAAAAGAAUCACAACUAUGGUAAGCAUCACCAUCACCGCAACUAUGCUGAUGAUGAAUGAACGGUUAAUACUGUUCGCUUCGACGUCCUCAACACUUAAUAGUAAUAAAAUGAAGUUGAAAAAUCUGAUGUGUUAAAUGGUUCUUAUUGUGAGACGUUGGGACCAAUGUCUUCUCUAAUAUAUGUAUGUUCUGUGGAGGCACUCCUCAUAUUUGCUAAGGUGAUUGGACUUAAUAUUUACUUGAACAUGCUUCAUGUUGCUGUUAUAUAUUUGCGUUUGGUCA